UCAGCGGCAGUUUUUCCUUCUAACAGGAAGUAAACAGGAACCGGGAGCUCUGCAGAGAGCUGAUCAGAUCAUCUUUAUUAUAAUAUUAGUAAUAAUGCCACUAACGGUUCUAACUUCUGCCUGCAGACUGAAGCCUCUCUGCAGACUGCAGCGAAUCCAGGCUCACCUGAUGUCGAGUCACGUGGAACCAGAGGUUCUGCUGGAGAAAGCGGGCCGGGCCGCAGUGAUCACCAUGAACCGACCCAAAGUCCUGAACGCGCUCAACCUGAGCAUGAUCCGGCGGAUCCACCCGCAGCUGCAGAAAUGGGAAAGUGACCCUGAGACGGACAUGGUGAUCAUCAAGGCAGCAGGAGGGAAAGCGUUCUGUGCUGGAGGCGACAUCAGAGCCGUAACAGAAGCAGGGAAGGUCGGGGAUUCCCUCGCGCAGGACUUUUUCCGGGAGGAAUACAUGCUGAACAACUCCAUAGGAUCCUACAGGAAGCCGUAUGUCGCCAUUAUUGAUGGAAUAACAAUGGGAGGGGGCGUCGGUCUGUCGGUCCACGGACGCUUUCGGGUCGCCACUGAGAAGACGCUGUUCGCCAUGCCGGAGACCGCCAUCGGGCUUUUCCCUGAUGUGGGAGGCGGCUACUUCCUGCCGAGGCUGCGGGGGAAACUGGGGCUGUUCCUCGCCUUGACGGGCUUCCGGCUCAAAGGACGGGACGUCCAGCGCGCCGGCGUCGCCACUCACUUCGUAGAGUCUAAGAAGAUCCCAGAGCUGGAGCAGCGACUCGUUGGCCUGAAGUCUCCAUCGGACUCAGACGUCUCCCGACUGCUGGAGUCCUUCCAGGCGCAGAGUGAUCUGGACUCUGAUAAACCGUUCGUCUUGGACAAACAUACCUCUGAUAUUGACAGGAUGUUCGGCUCCAGCAGCGUGGAGGGAAUCCUGCAGAACCUGAAGGCCGACGGCUCCGACUUCGCUAGGAAACAAGUCGAGAUUCUGUCCAGAAUGUCUCCCACGUCGCUGAAGGUCACCUUCAGGCAGCUGCAGGCCGGCGCCGCCUUGAGCCUGCAGGACGUGUUGGUGAUGGAGUACCGGCUGAGCCAGGCCUGCAUGAGAGGCCAUGACUUCUACGAAGGCGUUCGGUCAGUUCUGAUCGACAAAGACCAGAACCCGCGCUGGAGUCCGCCGUCGCUGGACCAGGUUUCCGACCGCUUCGUGGAUGAAUGCUUCGCCUCGCUGGGGGAGAAGGACCUGAGGUUCUGACCAACCCACUGCCAGGCCUCGUCUGAACCAUCAGAACCAGACUCCUGGAUCGGAGCAGCUCUCUGGAGCCGGCAGAGGAAGUGACCUCACCGCUGAGUGCUUUAUGACAUUUCCCCUGGGUGUUUGCUGAUGCCACUCGGAUCGCUCUCCUCUGGUUUCCUGGUUUCAUUCUCCAACACAAACACUCAUGAUUUAGUUCUUUUUUAAUUAUUAAUAAUGCAGCAACAGGAUUUAUUAGUGACUGUAGAAAAAUCAAAUAUAGUUUCAUUAAACUGAAAUCUGUUUUCUGGUUUAUUUCUAAUCAGCUAAUUGUUCUGUGGUGAAACCACUUCCCAAACAGAGAGCGUCUCCAGCUCUGCAUUAUUUAUGAGUCAGAAGCAGAAAGCAAUAAAAAACGUUUAUUACGUAA